CGAGAGCCGCGAAGAGUACGCUCGCGUCUAUUACGUGGUGUGUUUAUAGUGAAGUGGAUUUUGUGAUGAGAUUAUCGAAUGUCGUGAAGUGAAAGAUAGUGUUGUUUUAUCAAAAAGUGUAAACUUGUGGUCUGUACAAUGUUUAUGGUUCACUUAUAGUGAAUAAUCAAAAUGUGUGAAUCACGAUUGUGUGCAAAAUUGAUUUAUGCCACGUAGUGACGCGAACGGGUAAUGAUUCCUAAUGUGGAGUUCGAAGCAAGAUGGUUAGAGAGACUCGGCACCUGUGGGUUGGAAAUUUACCCGAUAACAUUCGUGAAGACCGAAUAAGGGAGCACUUCAAACGUGGCGGAGAAGAUAGUUCAAGCAAUACGUGUCCAAUUGCUGCCACUGCUGCGGCACCAGCUGCAUGGCGUGGUACAAAUGACAGCGCCACCGAGUAUUGCCGCCGUGGUAACACGCCCGCCGCGUACGGCAGGUACCAGCGCAACAACUCAACUGCACCUUAUUCCACACCACCCUCUAAUGUUGAAAGAACAACUCCACAUCACCGAUGGUACGCAAAUAGCGACCGAGUUCCUGGUGCUACAGGCGGUGAAAGUACACCUAGUACACCAGGUGGCGGCACUGAAGGAGGAGGACGUCGGCGCCGUAACUCUGGCUCCGGCUCUUCACGAUCGGACUCGAGUUCACCCGAACCGAGCGAUACUUCACGAGCUUCAACGCCAGCUGCACAACCAUCACUGUCUCACCAUCCCAACCAUCGGACGCCGCCAUCAUUACAACACCAAUGGGCGUCGACGGCGAGUGGUAGACCUUUGGCUAUCUGUGUGCGAAAUCUACCAACACGAUCUACCGAUAGUUCUUUGAAGGACGGCCUUUACCAUGAAUACAAGAAACAUGGAAAAGUUGUAUGGGUUAAAGUAGUUGGUCAAAACGCCGAUCGUUAUGCGGUGGUGCGAUUUAAAAAGCCAUCCGAUGUGGAGAAGGCCUUGGAAGUAUCACAAGAUAAACUUUUUUUUGGCUGUAAGAUCUCUGUGGCGCCUCAUCAAAGCUGUGAUGAAGAUGCAGAUUCGGCUAAACCUUACGAGACUGAUAUCGAUGAGUACCACCCUAAGGCAACAAGGACGCUCUUUAUCGGUAAUUUAGAAAAAGAUGUAACACAGCAACAGCUCCGAGACAAAUUCAAACAUUUCGGACGAAUAAUUGAGAUCGAUAUAAAGAAGGGGAGUAGUGGGGGAGCAGGUUAUGCGUUCUGCCAAUAUGCAUCAAUUUCCAGCGUCGUGGAAGCCAUUCGAGCCAUGGAUGGUGAAAAUGUGGGUGGGUCACGAGUGAAGCUUGGCUUUGGAAAACCUGUUGCCACUACAUGUGUGUGGGUCGAUGGUCUUACAGAGCAUACAGAGAAGCAGGUGCUGAGCGCGGUGUCGCGCUGCGGCGGCGCGACGUCGGUGUGCGUAGACCGCGCGGCGGGCGCGGCGCUGGUGCACUUCGAGCAAGCCGCGGCCGCCGGCGCCGCCGUCCGCGAGCUGCGCCGUGUCGCCGCCGCCGUCUCCGCCGCCGAGCCCGAUCACCCGCGACUCUGUGUCGACUACGCCUCCCGCGAGUGCCAGGAGGCGUUUUAUGAACAAUUGGAAAAACAUGGUGGAUCGGCGGCGUUGACGGGUUCUGAAAGACUGAGUGGGGAUCUUGCUACCCGUUAUCUGCCGCCAACUCGUCAUGAUCCUGUUCGGUUUGAUGGUGCUGGUUCACGUUCGAGGGCAUCUAGUUACGGCCGUGCAUCUUCUAGAACCCCGCGUUAUUCUACAUUAGAACAUUAUGAUCCGACUGACUACGCAGCAGACCGACGGUACAGGGUAUAUGAUGAAGUAGGGUCAAGUCCACAAGCUGAAGAAACACCUUAUGAAGAAAGGCUUCAGUCGGUUGUGGUAUCACCACAUCGCGCGCGACGCCACCGCCGCGACUCUAGCCCUGAUGAUCGGAAACAUUCUAAGGAGAGACAUCGUAGUGUCGGUACCCGACGCUCGCGGUCUGGCUCCCGAGGCGGAGAGAGGCACGGUAGCCGGCGCCGGCACCGGCGGCGGCGCGAGGGCUCGGGGUCGCACUCGCGCGCCGGCACGCCGCUGCGGGACGAGCCGGACGCCGCGCCCGUGGAGCCGCGCCGGCCGCCCCGCGAGCGCCCGCCGCUGCCCAUGAGCCUGCCGCUGCCCAAGUUCGCCGUGCAGCUCAUGCGCAGUGCGCCCUCCGCGCCGCGCCCCGAGCCGGCCCCCGCGCCCGACUCACCGCCGCGCCCGCCCUCCGUAUCUUCUUCCAGCGGUGGCUCCGCGCCGCACUCGCCCUCCUUAGAGGAGCGGAUUCGCAGCCUAGAUGAGAAACUUAACGGAUCACGAAUUCUCGCAGAAGCGCCAGAUCGCACCCGACUUCGACACCGACUGCUCGACGUCGAUAUCAACGAAGUGAAGCCGUCGGAGGUGGUUCGAUCGUUACUAGCAAAGCGUUCUGUUUUUGAUGAAGAUUCUGAACGUUUAGAAGGCGCCGGUCGUGCCCCUAGCCCAGGGAGUAGUCCCCGCGGUCGGCUGGCGGCCGCCACGCCUCGCGCGCUCCGGUACCCUUUCCCGGCACACCCGCUGCCUCCGGCGCCACCGGCAGCUCUCCUGCCGGGAUCGCUCGACCUGGACGGCGACAUGGCCGAACAUGCUCCGCUGAAGUUGAGUUCCAACUUGUGUCACGAAAUCCGAGGCCGCCCUCGCACUCCGCCACCCCCUCCGCCACCGCCUGAACCAGAGACUGAACUUGAACGUGAAAAUCAGCUUGUUCAAAAUGACAAUUCAUCUCAAUUCGAAGGUGAUACAAAAGCAAUUGAGAAGCACACAGAUAAUUACUCCGCUGAUUGUGUUAACGUGUCUUUGAUUACAUCUGGUGGGACAGAAGAUAGCAUUGAUGGUGAAGAUAACGAUCGUAUUCGUGACCGCAGUAAAUAUUCCAUAGCAACAACGAGCCUUUCGAAACAAACGAGUUCUGUAUCCUUGAAUGCUGAUAGUGGUCAAGCUAUGCGCAAUGACAACCUUCCAAAAAAUGAUCACCAAGAUGACAAAACUAAUAAUAGCUCUCUUUCUUUAAAUAUGGAAGAUAAUAGUGCUCGUGAAGUAAUGGAAAUGCUGCUAAAACGAGUCGAAUUUAAUGACUCUCAAAAGUGUGAACCACAGUUCGAAAAACAUUGUUCGAAAUACAAUAAAGAGGGUGUAAUUAAAGCAGAGCUUCACAAACAUGACGAAAGACUAAAAUUAGAUAGUGAAAAUAAAAUAGACCUUUUUUGUCAUACUGAUAAACAUAACAGCAGAGAAAUACAAGAAAACCAUAUAACCAAAGAAUUAAUCGAAUUCGAGCUGCAACAAAAUCAUUUGAACUCAGUUAAUUUCAUGAAAACAAAUGUUGAAAUAAAUCAAGAUGUAAAAAAUUCCGAAAAGAUUAUGAAAGAUAGACACAACCACAAUUAUCACAACACAAAACUUGAAAAAGAAAAUAUUCAGUUUGAUAAGUCAUUUGAAAAAGAAAGAAAUACCAACGCAGUGACGUUAACUGAUAAAAAAAUAGAUUCUGAAAGAAAUCAUGAUGAACGUGUUAGAUUAGAUCGUGACAAAAUACGUCACAGUAAAGAAAAAUUUGUUGAUAAAGAAAAGUCUGAGUCUGAGAAGUUAAAAAGCAAUAAAUCUGAAAAACAUGCUGAUAAGGAAAAGAGGCCGAAAGAUGAACAACACGAGAAAACUCAAAGUGACAAAAACAAAAGCGAAAAAGACGGAGAGAGGAACCAAAAAGAUAAAACUGAUAAGGAGUUUGAAAAAUCUAAACAUAACGACGAAAAACAAUACAGACAUGAUCAUCAUAAAAAAGACAGAAGUGACAGGGAAAAGAGAAAGGAAUCCCAAGAUGCUGAAAGCCCGUCCGUUAAAUCGAAGAAAGAUGAUAAACACAAACACGAUAGAACAAAGAAAGAUCAUGACUCAAGAAGAGAAAGUAAGAAGGAAUCAGAAUCGGUUAAAAAUAGAAAAUCCUCCAGAGAUGAGACUUCGAGGGAACUUAGUCGCAAAGAUUCUACAGAUUCUUCAACGUCGAGAGCAUCCCACGAAUCUACCAAAUUGAAAGAUUUAGAAAUAGAUCCAAAGGAAGAUGGUAAAUCAAAGUUAAAACAAAUUGAAUUAUUUGUGAAACAUGAAAAUGAUAAAGAAUCUAAAUCAGAUAACAAAGAAGAAAAGGACUCUGGUAAUCAACAUAAAAAUAAAAACGAUGUAACAUCAGAACAUAUCACGAAAUUGAAAGGAGACAGUGGUGAAAAACAGAGACACUAUUCCCUCGACUCACCUAGCGUGGAUAGUAAAAGAAAGGAACGACUUAAUUCGUGCUCAAGUUUACCAUCAAAUAUUGGACAUAAGCGAAGAAUGUCGUCACAAGAUAGUGUUGACAUAUUCAACGAAGACGUAAAGAAGGGUAGGAAUGAUUCCAAAAUUUCUGAAAGAAGGGAUUCUAAAGAGUCUCGCUCUGAAAAUAGACAUAAAACUACCAAAUUCAGUAAAGGUCAUUUUGCCAAAAUAAUUGAAAGCAAAACGAAAGAUGAUAAAAAGAAUCAGGUUAAACCUCCAGAUGACACAUACAUUGAAAAGCUUUCCGAACCUAAAGAUACUAAAACAGUAGACAAAAUUAAAUCAUUAAAAAAGAGUCUUGGUGAUGAAACUGAAGACAAACCUUCCACUGAAUCAAUUAAUGAGGGACUGCAGAAUGAUUUAGAUUUUUUAGCUACUUUAGAAUUACGCUCUAGUGAAGAAGACGAGAGACAAAGAGCCCUUCGAAAAGAAAUGAAAGAGAAAAAACGUAUACAGCAAUUACAACAAAUUCAAGAACUUCAGUUACAGCGGGAUGCAUUACACCCAACUGAAUUUAUGGGAAAAAAUAAAGAAGAAAAGAAACCUAAAUGUGACGAGAAAAAGAAGGAACUUGCUCGUGAGAAACGAAUGUCAACAGAACGGAAAAGUAGAGAUGACAAAAAUGAUACUAAUAAACGUAAAAGUCGGAAACCUGUGCAUAGUAGUGAUAGUUCCGAUUCUGAUGAACCUAAAAAGCAUUCAAUUUUUGAUAUCAUUGAUGAUGGGCCUACAUAUAUAUCUAUGUAUGAUAAAGUUAAAGCUCGAUCAUGCAAAAAUAUGCAAAAACAAGAGGAAGAAAAGCGCCAAGAAAAAAUUAAGGCCAAAUUUAGUCAGUUAAAGCAAAGUAGAGCAAAGCGAGAGGAAAAGAAAAGGUCUAGCUGGGAUGAAGAUAGUGAUUCUGAUCAGGACAGAAAAAAAUAUUGUUCUAUGGAUAAUUCGUCGGAUGAUGACAUUGUGAUUCACACUAAAAGACGUGAAAAAUCACAUCGAUACGACUACGACUCCAAUAAACCCGAUGAAUAUUUCGAUGGCAAUACAAAUGAAGAAGACCUUCGUAAUAAAUUGUCUCGCAAAAAUUCAAGAACGCGUAUUAUGUCUGACACUUCAGAUGACGAAGCUUCAAAAAGAAGUGUUAGUAAGAGUCCGACUUUUGGAUUGGAUAACGUGAAAAAAGAAUUACUUUCAGAUUCAGAGUCAACACAAAAAAUUAAAUUGGAGAUAACAAAAGAAUCAAGUGAAAAUAUUAAAAAGAAUUCCUUAUUAAAUUUAUUCGGGAAGAGUGACAGUGAUGACAGUAAAAUUAAAUUAAACCUUGAAAAUGAUAAUGGCUACAAAUCUAAUUACAUUAAAUCUAUGUGUAAUGAUUUCUCAUCUGAAAGUGAAUCCGCAUGUAAUAAAAAUUCAUUAGACAAUCGUAGAAAACAUAAGAAAAAGCAGAAAAAACAUAAAUCAACAUACUCCGAUGAUGAAAAAAUCGAUAACAGUGACACCAGCUUGGUGGAAGGAUAUAAACACAAAACCAUUGAUAAGCAACGUAGACACAGUAAUAGAAAAGAUAAAAGAAAAGAAAAGUUGCGAGAAAGUAUUGAUACUGACGACACUCGUGAUGAAAAAAGUAAAAUAAAACGAGAAAAGAAAUCCUCUAAUAACAAUUUUGACGGUGUUACUGAUAGCGUUUGUAGUACCAUGAAGAAAGACGGAAAAAUGGAAGACAUUUUUGGGCCGUUAUCUGACGAAUCAGAUGGAGAUACUCGAACACAUGCAACUCAUAAAAUGGAAUUUUCUUCACAUGAAGCUGAAACAAGUUUUUCUGCGAAUAACCCAGAUUAUAAAUCGAAAGAGAAAGACGAACGACGUAAAAAGGAGAAAAAACGUAAAGAAAAUAGGUUUUUCAAAGAUGAUGAUAACAGUUUAGAUGUUGAUGCUGUUGGUAAAGCUAUAGAGGCACGACUCUUUGCUGAUGCUUUGAUGGAUGACGAUAGUCGUAUUAAAGCAGAAACACUCUCGGAAAGUCUUAAUAAAUUUGAAAAGAAUGAUAUUAAAUAUGCUGAAGGCAAUGUAAUUAGUGAAAUAGUUAAACAUGACAAAAUAAAAAGAGAUUGCAAAGAGAAGAAAAAGAAGAAAAAGAAAAAUAGAGAAGAUAGGCAAAGUAGAAAAGAACACCACAACUAUUACCAACAGGAAAAGGCGGACAAGGCAGACCAUGAUACCACCGAAAAUGAGGAAAUUUCUACUAAUACUCUGCUACUAGAUAUACCUUUGCCAAAUGACGUUCAAACUGUAAAUUUUGACAAAGCUGAGGAAUCCCAUUCGCAUCUAGAACCACAAAGUUUGCCUCGAUUAACAGAUAGCCCUCCAAUUGUCAUACAAUCUGAUGAAAAUACUGAUUCUAAAAGUGUAGAUUCAAGCAACACUAUAAUAGAUGAUAACAAAAUGGAUUACAUAGAAAACAAAGAAAUUGAAAUUGAAGAAAUUCCGAUGCCUCCACCAUUUGAAACAAUUGUUACCGAUAUAAGUGAAGUACCAUUGCCAAAAGAUCCUCUGCCUAGCAAACUGAACAAUAACACUGAAGAUUGUUUCCUAUCAAGUCUAAGUAGCGAUGGCGAUUCUUGUGAAGAUGCAGUACGGAAUAUUACUUCUUCGGAAAAAGAAGCUGACAAGACUGAAAAGAUUGAAACAAGUUCAGACAUUGUAGAAAUUUCACCAUGUAAAAAUGAGAAAAAGCCCGACGAAAAACCUAGAGCUAUAAUAUCUCAAGAGGAGACCGAAGAUGCAGUGGCUGCUUUAUUGGGUGAAAGUUUUGGAGGUAAAAUAAAUACCUUCUCUAACUGUUAUGAAGAAUCUGAAAACAAUUCAACACAUCCGAAUGAAAUAGAAAUUGCCACUAUAGAGAACGAAAAUAUUCCGGAAGAGGAUGCCGAAGAAAUGCGACAAGCUGUUCAAAAUUUAAAUGCUAGUGAAAUGGAAAUGAAACCAGAUACUCCUGUAUCGGAUAAUGACUUGCUAUUAAUUGAUACUGACACCGAAGAAAAUGACGAAACAGCUCAAGAUGCUAUAGAAAAGUUGCCUGUGAAUAUUAUAGCUACUAACCAAACUUUGCAUGCAGUAACUGAACAAAAAAAGAAUUUAGACAACUCAAACGCUGCAAGCCUUGAGACAAAACCAAAUUUGGCUCCUGUUGUUACAACUACUGCGAGUGAUACUACCGUUAAAGUAAAAGAAACAGAUAUUAAAAUUCAGUUGACAAAAAGAGAGAACAUCCAAUUGAUUACAUCAACCGCAACUCCUGUCAUAACCUCAUGGACACCAGCAAACAAUAAAGUACAGGAACCACAUAUUUUAAAUAUCCAAGGAAGCCCUUUGCCAAAUAGGGAGAAAAAUGAAAUGAAACCUACUCAUAUAACUACGAAUAUUGUUCAAAUCAAGACUACCGCUCCAACCCAAAAUGUGCAAAUAAAUAAUAAUACAACAAGGCCUAUCAUGGCCCAGCCUCGAGUCACUGCUCCAUCAUUUCAAGUUAUUAAUCAAAUGAUUCGUAGUCAAGCUCCUACCAUACAACCACCGACAAUCAAGAUUCCAGAGCCUCAUGUUUUAUAUCAAAAACCACAAGGAAUUGUUAUUUCACCUCGUAUGCCUAACGAUCCCAGAAUGCAAAGUCCUAAAGCUAGUUCUCAAGGUGAAACAAUGACGUCCCCUCGUUUGACUAAUAUGACUAUUUUAAGUACCUCACCACAAAGUUUGAAUUCAGCAGGAUUGACAUCACCUAAUGCUAUUCAACAAAGAUCGCCUGGUCAAGUAACUGUGGUUCGAAUGCAACAGCCUCCUUUGAGUCCUAUUCAAACAAUGCAUAUACAACAUGGCGCGAGGACAAUGCUGUCACCCAACAGACCAAACUCAGUAUUGGUUCAAACACAAGGUGCACCAAUCCACUUCAACCGCUUGCCGGUCACUCCAGUUUUGACACCGAUAUCAAAACAAAUCAAUAAUGUAAAUAACUUAAUUCAGCAAAAUAAGGGAAUUGGUGUUACUACAAGUCCAUUAUUACACCAACAAAAAAUAAUAUCCGGGGAUUGUAGAAAGACUGACCAAAGGAAUAUUCCGGACAAUCCCAACGAAAAUACAAAAAUAAUAUUAUCUCCAACGAGUUUACAACAUAGUACUAAUCCGACAGUAAUGGCUCAAAAUCGUUUGAUAUCAAUGCAAAAUGCUAUACACGUUAGCAAUAUGAACACAGUGCACCUCAAUAAUAAAGUUGUAAUUAAUACUGUGAGUCAACUAAAUGAGAAGAGGGAAACUCAACCCCAGAAAACAGACAAAAUUAAUCACAUCCCCUUUGGAUCAACCCCUAUUAUACAUGUUGCUGCAGUGAAUAAUACAACCACUUCUAUAAUACAAGGUAACAAGCCUGCUCAGAGUAACAUUCAAGAAAUCAACACAAUCAAUAGAAGUCAAGGUUCAAACGUGAUUCAUUCUUUAGGUUCACAAAGGAUUAUUUCCCCUGUUUCUCUGGGAAAUGUUUUAAAAAUAGACACUAAAAAAGGAGCUGCGUCUGUAUUGUCAAUGGCAACUAUUAGACCGCCAUCGAUUUUAACCAAAUUGGGAUUGUGCACGUCAUCGACUAAUACAACUACAAGCGUCACUAACGUGUCACCGCUAUUACUAAAAACUACAUGUUCAACUGGUAGAUUGAACUCUAAAUUUGAUACAGACAAUAAAGUACUAAAACCGUUGGUUUUGCAAAAUCACAUACGAGAUAGUGCAAUAAAAACGGAGGAAAAAAUAGAUCCGAUUGUCACUACUACAUUAACAGGAUGCGAAGAAAUUGUGAAAGAUAAAAAAGAUUUUACUUCAACACCAAUGACAUCAACUAUGGAUGAUAUUUCCAAAUGUGAAACAGACUUUGAAGAAUUAUUGAAAGACACUACAAAUGAAAUUAAAAUAAGUAAUGAUCCUGAUAAGAAGCUAGAAAUAAAUGUUGGUAAAACCGUAACAUUAAUCACUACCAGUAAAGAUACCCACGACACACCUGUAUCAAGAAGUAUGGAUUGUGCGAAAAUUGAAAAUAAUAAUACAAACCAAACUCAGUUUACGCCGAUAGCUGCCAAAAAUGAGGUAGAUGAUAAUGCGGGUACUGAAUCCAAGGAAAUCUUUCAACAAUCAACAGUACCUACUGACUCGGAUGAAAUUAAAAAAGAAACCAUUAAUCAAACCAGUAAUGAUCUCAAUAAUGUCCUUCCACCCCAGAGUGGUAAUGAAUUUCUUAAUCUUGAAAAUACAAGUAAAUCUGAUGAGUCUAACUUCAAUAACUUGUUGUCUGAAGACUCUAAAGCAACAAGCCCAAUAAAAAAUGAUGAAAAUGAUUCCUGGAGUGGUAAAGAUGUGAACUUGGAAUCCGUCAUAAAGAAGGUCGAUUCUCUGUGUAAUGACAAUGUUGAAAUAGUUCAAAAAUCUGAAGGCAAUGAUGUUGAGGAUGAAAUGGAAGUUGACUCAAAUAAUUCAGAAAAGAUUAUUAAUCAAACACCUCAUAUUAUGUCAACAACCUCUACAAGUCAAAUAGAAAAUAUCGCCGAGAGUAAAAAUGCAGAAGAGACCACCUCGGAGAAAACUACACCUGGUACAACUGCUAAAAGGGGUGGCCGUAACGUAAGAGGCCGAAAGAUUGAUAAGAACCAAGAUAGAGUACAGACACGUCAAAUUUCUAAACCUGCAAGAGGAACUACUACUAAACGUGGUAGGGGUAGAGCUAAGGUAGAUAAAAAAAUUAAAGCCAUUGUUACCACAAGUGGGAAUACGAUGCCUGGAGAUGUUUACGAUUUCCAUGAAGAUUCUGGUGACGAAUCCGCUUCAUCACCUAAUAAAACUGAACGUCCUAGGUUGAUUUUAACAAUUAAAAGUCCAAAUUCAGCUCAUUCUUCUGUGACAGCGACUUCAACUCUCAGUAUAGCUCAAAAAGAACAGAUCAAGUUAAAUGAUAAAAAUAAGGAUGAGAAAAAUGAAGAGUUUGUUUCACCGUCACCAAACACUCGUAAAUCUCGGAGGCUUCAAGAGAAGGAUGUUCAGAGAAGCACAGUAGAUGAUGUAAUUGAGGAUGUCAUAAAAGGCCCCCGGACUGGAAAGGAGUCAAAUAAAAAGAGGGCUACGAGACAGGCUGCUGUAAAAGCUAAUCAAGAGAAGACUUCUGACACUCGUAAAUCACCUAGAGGCGCUAAACGAACAAGGGAUCGAAGUCUAUCGGACGCUUCUGUCGAUAGUGGUGAUGAACGGAGUCUUAAAGAUUGUAUGCGAGACCCGAAAACUCCACGUCUUGAAGAACAAACUGUGGAACCCGAGCCUGAACCCGCUACUGUCCCAAGAAGUGUCCCGCCAGCAGCGCAGGUUUUGCCUACCGUAGUCGGACCUCCACCCGCGCCGGCGCAGUCACCCGCCCACCCUACACCUGUUGCACCCCUCGCACCCGUCGCGGCCCACGUGCCCCACGUGCCCCACGUGCCCCACGUGCCUCACUUGCCCCACGCGUCACAUGCGCCGCACGCGCCCCUCGCGAACCCUGUACCCCUCGCUGCUCAUGCGCCACAUGCGCCUCAAGCGACUCCUACUAUUUCUACGCCCAUAACAAAACCACCAAAAAAGAUGAUUUCGGAGAUCAGCGCCAAGCUAGCGGGAGCCUUCGAAGCGGUCGUCGGGAACAGUUCGAACGCGAGUGCGGCACCGCCGUCGCCCGCAUCGCCUUUGGCGCAGAGCGGGGGCGAGGCGGCGCGGGCGCGCCGACCGGCUGACGGCGUGCCGGGCGCGCUGGUGCCUGUGGGCGGGUCGGAGGCUACGGACGCGCGCGUGCAGUCGCCCGCGCUGCCGCACCGUCCGCCGUCGGCGCCCGCCACGCCGGCGCAGCUGCGGCCGCUGCGCAUGCUGGCGCGCCGCGUGGACGAGCGGCCCGCGCACUACGCCGCCACGGCCAGCCUGCCGCGCGGCGCGCACCACCCGCCCGACCUGCACCUCAAGCAGGUCGCCGUCGUCGGCCCGCAGCCGCACCACGUCGCCCACCAUCCUGGUGCUGCUUCAAGAGUUACAAUUGCGAGUGUGCCAGCACUUAGUCCUCAGGGGCAGAUUGGAAUGGGUGAUGCAAUGUAUCCUCACUUCUCACAUCAACAUUAUCAAAUGUAUCAACAACAUUUUCGCGCAACGCAGCACGAGAACCGUGCGACACCUUCACCAUAUACUCGAUCGCUCGAGGCAGAGGGCUGCGAGGCGGCCACUCCCCCGCUGGAGCUGCGGCGCGCCGGCAGCGCGCGCGUGGCCGCCGAGCUGUACCGCGACGUGGUGCGGCGCGCGCCGGCCGCCGCCCCCGCCGCGCCCUACGGCCGCUCGCCGCCGCCCGCGCACGCGUCGCGGCCGCAGCUGCCGCCCGGCGCCGCGCCGCCCGCGCCCGGCCCGCCGCACGCCUCGCAGGUGCCGCGCGAGGCCGACUCGCUGCAGAUGCUGCUCCGGCGCUACCCCGUCAUGUGGCAGGGCUUGCUGGCUUUAAAAAACGAUUCCGCCGCCGUUCAAAUGCACUUUGUGGGCGGCAACCCCGGCGUAGCAGGCGACACGUUAUCGCGACACGCAGACGGCUCAACGCCACUGCUUCGGAUCGCCCAACGUAUGCGAUUAGAACAACCGCAAUUAGAGCAAGUGCACCGCAAGAUGAAGAUGGAAAACGAGCACUGCAUGCUUUUAGCCUUGCCGUGUGGUCGCGACCACAUGGACGUAUUACAGCAGUCAACAAAUCUGACGGCAGGGUUUAUUACUUACCUACAGAAGAAACAAGCAGCAGGAAUUGUUAACAUUGCACCUCCCGGACAUCAUCAGGCUAUGUUUACCGUUCACAUCUUUCCGUCUUGCGAAUUUGCCAACGAAAACUUAAACCGCAUUGCACCAGAUCUGAUGCAUCGUGUUGCAGACAUCGCACAUUUACUAAUUGUCAUAGCUACCGUUUGAGGUAUGCUGCAUAUUUGCGUAACUUAUUUAAUUUACAAGCUGUUUUUAAUACAUACAACAUGCUUGUGGAACCUUCGUCCUGAUGACCUAAUGGACACACUGGACUGGACACGUUAUUCUUUAAUCUAUAUUAUGGCUUGAACAUUAUGUGGACAAAGACGACGUCAUCGAUUUAGUCGAUUCGAUUUUAAGAAAGCAUUGUAAAUACGGCCAGGUUGUGAAAUUUUUAUCUUCAUUUUAUCGUAGCAAUAGAUCGACCUGGUAGAAUAAUUAUAAUGGAAAAUAGAUUUUUUUCAUCUUCACGAUGGUUAAAAAUCAUUAGGAAUUGAGUUAUAAUACCUCUGAGAAAGUGAACUCUCGUUGUGGUAAUGUCAGUUUAUUUAUUGUAAUCGCGUAAUGUGGCGCGGGCCCCCCACACGCGCCUGUAUAAAGUCUCACAUAGAUAAGCAGCCGUCAUUUAUUUAAGAGCUAGUUUGUAAGUAAUAGCUUAUUUGUAAAAUACUUUUGUUAUGGUCGACUGGGUUCGACGAUAUUCGGAGUUUAAAUUAAAAAAAAUAAAGAUAGAUGGCAAAGUCAGUUGAUAAAGUAUAUUUAAUUUUGGGUUCCGAUUAGAUGAGUGGCAAUCUAUCGAGCAUUUUUAUUGUUAGUGUAAAUUGUUAUUUUGUUUUAAGCGAAUUAGGUCUAAAGUAAUUUAAAUUCUGUAAAUACCGAAUCUAUCCGUACUAAAGUUGAUUUCGCUUAGGUCAUUACGGUAGGUAAUGGAAAACUCAUCAAUACUGGGUCGAAUGAUAACUGUUUACAUGUAAAAACAUAAUUAAGUAAUUAAGUUAUAUAGUAAGGGAAAAUACAUGUGGAAAAUAAACUGUGAUUCUGACUUUUUAAUGUAGACUGUAGGUAGCCCUAUUUUAUGGAGCAUAGAGUGCAGUGUGCGAUUAUGUGAAAGCACGCCAGUGGCGCAAAUGGCCUCGCCUUUAGCGAUAUCAGAAUUAAUAAUCAAUACUGUUGAAAGUAAUUUUUCUAAUAUUGUGUAAAACAAUGUGGUAUGGUUAUUGUUCGGCGUUAAACUAGAACUGCAUUGUUGAUACGCACUGUCGUGGUCAGGGAUAGGCAUCUUAUUAUCGACCAAAUUAAUAAAUCACAAUAGCUCCUCGGAGGUCGGAUUGUUUUACUUAAAAACCGAAUGACUGUCCGUUAUAAUUCAAAUUUCAAACAAUGUUAUCAAUUCAAGACUUUGCAUAUUUACUUAGUAAAAUUGUCAUUAAAAUGCAAGUAUAAAUAAAGAUUUAAACACAUUGUUGGCGAUAUUUACCCGAAUAUUGCCAUUUCAAACAUAAAGGCAAUCCCAGCGAUUACGGUUUUGUAAAUCAGCUUCGUUCCUCUCCUUGCAAUGGUAAAAGCCAAAGAACUGUACUGUUACAAGGUGAGAUACGACGUUCGACGCGUGGCGAUGUUCAAACAAACGAAUGCGUGGUACUGUAGUCAUAUUUACAUUAAAUUACUCACUUGACAUUCCCAUGGGAUUUAGGAGAUUCUUAACGUUCAUGAUCAGCGUUUUAAAUAGGUUGUUGCUGACUUCCAUUUUCUUAUACAAUGGUUACAUAAAUUACUUCUGUCACUAACUUUAAAGUGGUUUAUGGAACUGUUAACAAAUUUUGACAAUUGCGAGUUUAAAUACGCAACCAAAUGUUUUUGAUAAGUGUGACAUGAGUAUUAUGUCUGCAGUUUCAUAUAGUAUUUUAUUUACAUUCGUAUCAUAAAGUUCUGAUAGUAAAAAAUUACUAAAAAGUAACAAAAUAAUGAUCACUUUUAAUAUAGAGACCACAAAUCAUAUAUACUUUGGUUGAUUGAAAGUAUAUAUACAUCACAUUUAGACAAGAAAACUGUAUCAUAAAAUCAUUGAUUUUUUUGUUUAUAUUAUUUCUUAUUAUUCAUUUUUAUUGAGAACUUUAUGGUUUCGUGUAGAUAAAGUUGUUUAUUUGUAUGGUUUUUGAUUCGAUCCAAGUAAAUUAUGUUAAUGAACAGAAUGAGGGUCGCGCAUUCUUACGGUUUGGAUGGUAAGGUGGUGCGAUGCGCCGUGCCUGCCACACAGUGUAUUGGGAUCUCAUUGCUGCUUUAAUUGCGGGCCGCCGCUCAGGUUAUUCUCUACUUGUACUCGCCAUCCUCAUUUGCCGCUGUUUAUUCGCUUUUUUACAAUCGGCGAUUUUGUAAGAGUAUAAUAAUUAAUAUAUUGACAGUGCGUCGUAAUAAAAAAUUGACAUGAUAACUUUCCAAUAUUAUAAACUAACAAUAUUGUACUUCUCAUAAUUUAAGUUGUAGCGGUAGCGUCGUUCUGAUUCGAUUAGCAGGCAUCUUGCAAAACUUGCAUUAUUAUUAUAGUUAAGAUAAUGGUGCGACUGUGCUGUCGUACGUAAAAUAAAGUACAAAAUAUUUUAUGUAUUGUAAUUUUAUAAAGUACGAUAUAAAUUUAUAGCACAGGUAAUGUUAUUACGUAUAUUCUUUUUAAGGUUUAUAACUAGAAUGUAUAAAAUAUUAAUAAUUGUAUUGUUUGUCAUAUUUCCGUCGCAAACAGUUCUUAACUUGGCUAGGAGGAACACUAACGAACUCAUCACUUCGUCCAUUAAUUUUAAAAUAUCUAUAAUUUUACUAGCAAGCAGAUGCCCAAUGAUGUACACUCUUAAAAUCUUAUUUGAACUCCUUAUGAAGGAGGUUAAUGUAAAUAAGUCUUCGUGAAUUAUAGUGAUAUAAUAUGACGGUAUUUAGACACGCUAUUGAAAAAAAUACGGUACCUAUAAGUAACAUGAGAAUUAUAAAUUACUAAUUUAUUGCGGUGACAGUAUUUAUGUUUUUUUUUGUAACUGGGGUGUAGUUAUUUUCUAAGCUGUAAUGAAUAACUUAAUAAUAUGCUGUAUUUUGUUGGUUAAAUUUAUAAUGACUGCUUAACUGUUUUGUCAUAGUACCCAUUUUGUUUAAGUGAAAAUAUCAAUAAUUUUUGCCUAGUGAAUAAUUACAUCCUGAGCGUUAUGCUAAAAUGUCAAUUAUUAAUAAUAUGUAUCGGAAUACUCAUCUGUUCCGUAAAUAUUAUAAUAUGUUUUUUAUUCCACAAAAUUAUACAUUUGCAUACUAAACUGCAUGUGAGAAGUAUAAUAUAGUUCUGUUUUGUUUUUCUAUUGAAGCCAGCCUCAAAGUGGUCCCACUGCGCAGUGUCUCCAAACUGGACUGUUGGGGACACCGCGACGUUGGGCUCUUUACUUUUUACCCGAGAAUGUUUAAUUCUAUUCUUAAGGAUGCGAAGUGGUUUGAUGAGGAUGGGACGUUUAAAAACUUCGGGUAUUCUUCGCUUGCGACUGUUGCUGGUGUGUGAGAUGAUAGUUUAAAUAUUUGUAAAAUAACAUUUGAUCUCAAGUGUGCAGCAAAAGUGAAAGUGAGCUAGAUUGUUGUAGAGCAACAGUCGCGGGCGGACAUAAUCCGUUGCCAGUGUGCUCGAUGUUGGUUUGGAUUCUAACAGAGCGUACGUAUAGAAAAAAAUAUUGUGAUCAUAAUUAUAUUAUAGUUUUAAAGCUAGUUUGUAGAGAUAACUGUAUAUUUUGUACAUAUUGAAAAUAGUAUUGUAUCUUUACUUCCCUUAUCCAAACAACCCAGAAUCCUGUGUGUUAUGUACCUCCUACCUACCAAUACUAUUAAAAAAAUAUUACAUAAAA